UGUGAUCAAAACAGGAAGUGCAGUGCUGAUUGAUUAUCAUCGAUCUCUAUGAGAAGGCGCAGCUGCUGCGCUUUGAUCGCUGUCGGCAUGGCGAUACUCCUCUUCAUCAUCUUCAUCUGCGGCUCCAUCAGCUCUCGCGUGAGUGUGGCGUCCCGGUCUCAGAGUGAGUUCAGGGGUUCUGGCCGAGCGCUGUAUAAGCUGGACAUCUCCUGGCCCAAGAAGCCCGAGUACUUCACCGGACAGGUGUUCGGCGUGGCUGUCAAUCAUCUGGCCGGCCUGGUGUAUGUGGCUCAGAGAGGCGAUAACGUGCCUAAAGUGCUGGUGUUCAGCACGGAUGGAGACUUCCUGCAGGCCUGGAACACCAGCAGCCUGGAAAUGCCUCAUGGGAUUUUCCUGGCCAACGCAUCCGCGGAUCCAACGGUGUGGAUCACAGAUGUAGGGAACGGUGGGUUGUCUCUGCACAGGUGUGUGAGUGUUUGAGUGUGU